AUGCUCCUCCCGCCGCCGAACAAAACCCUCAAGGGCCACAAGCUGCUCAUCCUCUCGCAGUGGGUGCCGCCGCAGGAGUACCUCGACAAGCUGAGCUCCGAGUUCCCGGAUCUCAAGGUCGUGCAUCACGAGCUGGGCUGGGCCGACAGAAAGCCUGGCGACAGCUUCAACCAGGACGAGUGGAAGGAUGUGACAAUCCUCUUGACCGGCAGCGCCCUGCCCACGCUCGAGGAAGCGCCUAAGCUGCACUACGUCCAGCUGCAAAGCGCCGGCGCGAACCACAUCCUCAAGGACCCGCUGUUCAAGGACACUGACGUGAGCUUUUGCACGGCGAACGGUGUUCACGGACCUCAGAUCUCCGAGUGGAUCAUUGCGACGUUCCUCUCAUUCCAGCACCAGCUUCCCAAGUACAUCGAUUACUACCGCGCAGGCCACUGGCAGCGCGGAAAUGACUUUGUCGAAGACGCCGUCGGCCGCACAAUAGGAAUCCUCGGCUACGGUAGCAUCGGCAGACAAACCGCCCGCGUAGCCACGGCUCUCGGCUUCAAGGUUCACGCCUACACCCUGCACCCGCGGCCGACCCCUGACUCGAAGCGCGACAACACGUACACGCCGCCCGGCCUCGGCGACCCGGAGGGCAAGUUCCCGGCCAAGUGGUUCUCGGGCGCCUCCAAGGCCGACCUGCACGCGUUCCUCGGCUCUGGCCUGGACCUGCUUGUCGUCGCGACGCCGCUGACGGACAAGACGAGCCACCUGCUCACCGCGACCGAGUUCGAGAUCCUCUCCGAGAAGAAGACGUUCAUCUCCAACAUUGCGCGGGGCCCCAUCAUCAACACGGACGACCUGAUCACCGCGCUGGACAAGGGGACGAUCCGCGGCGCCGCGCUCGAUGUCACGGACCCGGAGCCGCUGCCGGACGGCCACCCGCUGUGGAAGGCGAAGAACCUGCUGAUCACGCCGCACAUCAGCGGAAUGUCGACGAGUUACCAGGACCGUGUUUUGGGGAUUUUGGAGUUGAAUUUGCAGAGGCUGAGCGAGGGCAAGAAGCUCACCAACCUGGUGAACAAGAAGGAGGGCUACUAG